UUCCCCCCUCCGCUCGCUUGUUGGCCGCCCCACCACUCGCAUCUCUGCCCCACCUCUCGUUUCGGCUUCCGAUCUCUUCGUCCAUCAACGAUACGCUUCGUCCCUCUUCUCAUUCUUUUGGCUUCCGAUUUCACUUUUAACUGCUAACAGGUGAAUUACUAUGGCUAUGGCAGAGGAGGAUCCUAAGCCACUUGCAUAUAUACCGGAGAUUAUACUGAAGAAAAGAAAGGUAAAUGAAGCAGCGGCAUUGAGAAGAAAGGAACAGUUGGAGUUAAGGAAGCUUAGUUCGAAGAAAAACAAAGAUGGUUUUAUUAAACUACCUGAGGAAUUUGUCAGAGAAUAUCGUGCUAAGGAACUGGACCUUGUCAAAAUGAAGCACAGGACAAAGAGAAAAAGAUCUGCUAUUGUGCCCUCAAAAUCACAAUUGAUUUUUAUAAUUCGGAUACAGGGCAAGAACGACAUGCAUCCAAAGACAAGGAAGAUCUUAUAUAAUCUUGGAUUAAGUAGAAUUUUCAGCGCAGUUUUUGCCAAGGCUAAUGAGAGUGUUCUAGGGAAGCUACAGAGGGUGGAGCCAUAUGUGACAUAUGGAUACCCUAAUCUUAAAAAUGUGAGGGAGCUCGUAUAUAAGAAGGGAUUCGCAAAGAUAGACAAACAAAGAGUUCCUCUGACUGAUAACAACAUUAUCGAACAGGCAUUGGGCAAGCAUGGCAUCGUGUGCGUGGAGGAUAUGGUGUAUGAAAUCGCUAAUGUUGGCCCUCAUUUUAAGGAGGUAAUUUCCUUUUUAUGGCCCUUUGAACUUGAAAAGCCAGGAGGAGGGGGCUGCCUUCAAGGGAAAAAGUCAUCGUACAAGGAUGGUGGAGAUGCUGGGAAUAGAGAAGAUGACAUCAACGAUCUGAUUAAUGAGAUGAAUUAGGCUGGAAAAAUUUGCUUUGAAAAGCCUGAAGGGGGGAGAUCCAGUAGUUUCUGUAAUGCAAUUUUGUAGGUUAUAAUGAGUUUGUAUCUUGUUCAACUCAUUUGCUUCAUAUGUUUUGGGUUUUUUACGUUAUUUCUUAUGUCCUAGAGAAAAAAGAACAACUUGGAUUUGUUAUAUAUUUAACAACAUAAUAUUAUCCACAUUAUGAGAGACAAAGCCUUCCUCUUGUCGA